UGUUUCCAGGCCAGGAAGCGGCAGCGAGAGGAGGCGGAGUCUGGAACCAUAGUGGGCGGGGCUUCCGUCGACGUCAUCGGGGGCGGGGCCUCCGCGUCAUCCUCUACGGCGGCGGCGAGGGCGGAGCUUAUCAACGAGCGAAUCGGCUACAAGCCCCACCCCAAACCGGCCACGCUGCCCACGCUGUUCGGGAGCCUGCAGUUUUAAAACUUUAUUAAACUCAUGUUGAAACACAAA